AUGGAUGAAUCGUCAAUAAACAGCCCGUCUCAUGAGAUAAAUCUUUACAAUGAUGAGAACUACCUAAACUCUCUGAUUUUGUGGAGAGGUGCUGACAAGCCGCCACUUUGCAUUGAUUCCGUUGACGGUAUGUCUACUCGCAGAGAAAUAUCACAUUUAGAGAACGACGAUACACAUAUAAAAGGUAUUUAUACCCAUUUGGAUGCAUUAGAUAACGAUUUAUGGCGUUCUAUUGAGCAACUGGAAUCUAGAACAUUUUCAUCUCUGUCUCUAUUUGUGAACGGUUUUUCUACUUUGUCGGAGCGUAAUUCACAAAUUACUUUUGACUCAAUUAUUCCUCCGUCCAAAGAGAUUGAGGAUCUGAUAGCGUCCAUUGAUAGGAAACAUGAUAAAACCAUAAAAUUGAGGCAGUUGCAACAAAUAAAGUCCAUUCUCUUGUAUAACAAAAGGGUAUUGUCCUUAAUUUAUAACUGGGACGAUAACAUUAAGUUGGCACAGUUGAUUAUUAGUUCUUAUUUUAGUCAUAAAGAAGGGCAUCCAGAGGCUAAACCAGGAAACUUUUUAGGAAAUUUUGAUUUGAAUAAGAUUGAACAGUUGAAGAUUAUUUUGUCCAAUAUUCGACGCGACUAUGAAUCCUUUACAAACAUCAAAUUUGAAAAUAUAUUACAAACUUUGAAUAUAAUUAUAGACAAAUAUUACCUUAUUCUUGAGGAUAUCUCCUCAAACUUUAUAGAAGUCUUAUUUUCUGAUAUUGUUGAUUCUCCAGAGUUUAAAGAAAAAUUAAGCGCAUUUGUAGAUUUGUAUGUAAAAUUAUAUAUUUUUGAAAAUGACCAAGAAAACGGUUAUAGCAUACUUACUAACCACCUAAAAACAUCCUUGGUUAAUACAUUCAAGAAACACUUUUAUUCUCUAUCUGAUGAGCAUGAAUAUGACCAUGCAGCGUCUAUGCAAAAAAGUGUCCCUAGCACGCUGAAAAAGUUUGAAAUUAUCAUUGGAUUACAUUUUGGACACAUUUUUUCAUCUUUGUAUGAUCACAUACAUUUAUUAGAGAAAAUACCGGAAGUUUUGGAAAAGCACUCUACAUUGGGUUCAUCUUCAUUUGUGCAACACUUGGCAUGUGGCGUUAUUGAAUCAAGCAUUUUAGGUAUAGACAUAUUCCGGAAUUUAGAUCCUUUGGACGAUGAGCAAUUUAUACAAGGAAUUAAUGGUAUACUUACACCUCUACAACAUACUUUCUCUUGUGAAUACAUCGAAAAAUUAACCAUUACAAAACAUAUAACUACUAUUGGAAUUUUCCCCUAUGAAAUAUUAGAUCGAUAUUCUUACAUAGUUUGCAACAGAGCACAAUUGCCUUCAAGGUCAGACUUAUAUCCAGCUUCUGAAUUUCCUGAUUGUAUUGAUGCCCUCGUACAUUUGCAAGAAUCUAUAAACCAAGCAAAGGAAAGCAUAAAUAUUCCUUUGGAAAAGGAUGGGUAUAUUAUUGGAAUAGGAACGAACUUCUUAUAUAUCGUAUACUUGGUUUAUGUAAUAAAAGUGGAAUAUGAUUCUAUUAUGGACUAUUUAUCUACAUCUGUAUCAGCAUACUUUUCAGAUUAUAACCCUAAGGGUUCUACAAAAUCGACAAAUGUGAAAGAUGAGACUCUGUUUAAGGAAUUUGUAGCAUCUGUAGUUCAGAUAUAUGAUGAUAUUAUGUCUACAAUAGGGGAUAUCUUGGCUUUAUCACCAGAAUUAAAUGACAAUGAUACAGAUUUAAUGGAAUCAAUUUUCAUAAAUUCUAUAAGCCGAGAUUCGCAGUGGAGAUUUACAAACAAUAUUUCCACAACUUUUUUGAAAGCAUUUCAGGGGCGUGACAAAUCGAUGAUAAUUAAUGAAUUCGGAUCUAUCGCACCUUUUAUAAAUACGGUUACUAUGCACAUUUGCCAAGUCAUUUGCAAGACAGGAUCAACUAUAUUAUCGGAAUAUUAUUCUAGAGGGGAUCUAAACUUCACUACAAAUGAGUUCAAGACAUCGGUACCGGUUCAAGCUUUGGGAGAAUAUUUCAUUUCCCUAUUGCCGAUCUAUGGAAACGAGAAUCUACAAUCUCUGAAUGUACUCAGUGACGCAUUUGGAAAUAUGAUAAAUGCAGAAUUGGAAAAUUUAGUCAAACACAAACCCACCAACGGGGAUUUGUUACAAAAUUAUCGCAGGGACAUUGAAUAUCUCAUAAAAAUCGGAAAUAUAUGUGGAACAAGCACAAAAGAUACAUUGGAAGUAAUUUUGUAG